CAAAUUUUUAACGAUUUUCUUCUCUCGUCUCACUUACAAUUAGUACGAGAGAGUGCAUGCACACAGUGCACAAAAAUUUGUAUGUGCAUCUAGUGAAAAACAGAUGCGCAAGUUUGCACCAAUUUUAAGAGUUUUUAGUGAAUUUUAUUGCUAUAGUUUAAGAUGAAUGCACCAAAUUUUGAGGAAAUUUUCCGUUUAUUUCAAGAGCUUGCCAAUACAUUGGCUGGUAAAAAUGCACAAAGUUGGGCCAUGGAAAAAAUUUCACUCUACAUAUCGACGCACCCAACAACGAUAAGCGACAGUUUACCUUUCGAUGAGUCAGAGCUAUUGAAAAGAAUUCAAAAUCAAUUAAGCAUGUCAAAGACGCCAGUCAACGCAACAUUAUUCAAUAAUCACUUUCAACAACUAUCAACAUGUACCGAAACACACACCCGCACAUCAAUAUUAACAUUUCUCGCCUUAAUGGCGCAAAACGAGAAAAGUUCGCCAAACGGAAAAACGGCAAUCAAUAACAACGGCACGACACGAAGAACAAUUGAAAUGUCUGCAGCAACAAGAGUACGCAGUACUUUUCUGCCGAAAUCAAAUAACAUUGCCCGCAUAAAUAUUGGGCCCGAGCAAUAUGUUACACCGCCAUUUAGAAGUGCAAUUCCAUCGAGUACGUCAACGCAGAAUAUUAGUGCCAAUCAAUUUCAGAGUACAAAAGUGCAAAAGUCACGGAGUAUGGGCAAUUUUCAACAAAGCAUUGGAAUGUCUGAAAUCAGUCCGUAUACAGAAUACUCAUCAUCGGAUGGUGACACUGAUUUUGUGCAGAAUGUUAUUUACGCUUUAACUGGCAUCGAGGGAAAAUAUUUUAAAAAGGACGUCAUCACUGGCGGUUUAAAGCUCGAUGCUAAAGUGCGAAUCAGUGCUAAAAUGUCAGCGAUUCUUUUGCGAUUGGGUGAAGUGUCUUUUUAUCAUGAACAAUUGAUUUCAUUCACCGAUCCCAGUACCGGACGCACCCCACUCGGUUUACUCGGUCAGGGUUUGGUUACAACAUUAAAAGAUGAGCUUACUAAAUACUACGGAAUGGUUGCAAUGCUGCAAGAACAGCACAAUCGGAACACUCGUUCAGCGCACAGUAUGGAAAAGUUGACAUUAUUACAAAUUGAAAUGUUAAUGGUUGAGCCCCGGGAGCGUUUGCAAUGGUUGACAAAAAUUGCUGAGGCGUGUCAGGAGAAGAAAGGUGGCGCUUUGGCCACCGAAAUUUUCUCCUUCAAAAAUGAUGGAAACACAAAACGUAAAGCUUUAGUCCAUGAUUUAUUGGUGGCUGUUUGUACACCGUUGCAAUAUAUGCUUGAAAAAUGGUUGAUUGAAGGCGAAAUCAAUGAUCCACACUCGGAAUUUUUCAUUGAAGUUCUGCCAGAAGUUGGCACCGAUCGUCUUUGGAAUGAUAAAUAUCGAGUGCGUGAAACGAUGCUUCCAUGUUUUAUAUCAGAAGAAUUAGCGCACAAAAUUCUGGUCACCGGAAAAAGUAUCAAUUUCCUGAAAGACAUUUGUGACGAACGCACAAUAAUCAAAGGACGUAAAGAGCUUAAAGAAUAUCUCGAAUCAAAUGUUGAAGACAUUUUUGCCGAUGUGGCCGACACAAAACUUCAUAUUAUGAUCAAUGAGGUGUAUUUGAACACAUCGAAAAAGGUGCUGGACAUUGUCAUGGGACCGCAUAAAUUGCUUGACCAUCUGCAAGCGCUGCGCAAAUAUUUGCUUCUCGGUCAAGGCGACUUCGUUGGUCUUCUUAUGGAAAAACUCAAACCCGAACUAGAUCGUCCAGCAAAAGAGUUGUACAGUUACGAAUUGUCAUCAAUAUUGGAUACCGCACUGCGUUCAACAAAUUCACAAUAUGAUGAUCAAGAGAUUUUAAACAAUUUAGAUGUACGUUUAAUGAGUAAUUUCGAAGGUGAUACCGGUUGGGAUGUAUUUUCACUGCAAUACACCAUUCAGGGUCCAUUACUCACGAUGCUCGAAGUAUCGAUGCCUAAAUACCUACAACUCUUCAAGCAUUUAUGGCGAUUAAAGCAUAUGGAGUAUGUUUUAUCAUCCAAAAUUUGGAAAGACCAAAAAUGCAAUGCAAAGAUUCUUCGUAGCAUGACGGCCGAAUUGAAUCCAGUGUUGCACCGAUUGUAUUUGUAUACAUCGCAAAUGAUUCAUUUCAUCCAUCAGAUUCAAUAUUACAUUCUAUUUGAAGUGGUCGAAUGUUCGUGGACAAAAUUCCAAGACAAAGUACAAAAAGCAACCGCACUCGAUGAAAUAUUGGAGGCGCACAAUGAAUUCUUGCAUAAUGUAAAAAUCGGUGCAUUUUUAGAGGAUGGCGGUUUAAUACAUGGUUCACUUGAGAAUGUCGUGAAUGCUAGUAGUAAAAUGGAACCGUGGCAGGAUCGGUUUUAUGAACUAUGCCUGGCGGAAUUAAGUGCGCGCCGCCAAUUUGAUAGUAAAAUUAAAGCCAGCGAAAAAACGGGCAAAUAUGGAAUUACAGCUGAAACACGAUUCGAACGUGAUGAAGAAAAGAAGAUCUUUGAUUUAGCGAUAAGCGAAGCAAAUAAGUCACUGGAGAAAAUCGGGGCCGAUUAUGAAUUUGCUGUAAAGAAGUUCUUAUUGUUGUUGGCCGGUCUUCAGAAUCAACCCGAUAUCUUGCAGUUUGGUAUUCGAUUAGAUUUCAACGAAUUCUAUAAGAAUCGCGAUCAGCGUUUGGGCGCACCAUUGACAUUUGAACACAUGAGAAUGACAAUGAGCAGUAUGCAUUUCCGCAAUAGCAAUGUAAUGAUAUCAAGCGUUGGUGGCAGCAAUGCUACACCAAUUCCAUCAGCAUCACGAUUUCUCACACAGUCAUGCCAUAACUGACCGCUCUCACACCAUUUUAAUUCUAGUGAUUCCUUGUCAUUGUGUCAAUUAAAUCCAUCAAUCCAAAAUACUCACAUCAAUAAUAAUUUUAUUCAGAAUACCAUUUUUGCCAAUGAAUUGUUGCUACUCGAUUGUUGUGACAUCCUUUGAGAUGUCACAAUGACCAUCAACAAUAUUUUGUUUAAAUUUUAAUUUUAUUUUAUUUGGCCAAAUACGUAUUGUAAACACAAAAUAGCUCUCUAUGCCAAUGAAUUCCUGAAAUGGAAGAAACAUAAAUAAAACACACACUCUCCAGUUUAA